AACUCUGGUCACGUGACAAAGUGUCACAUGCUCUCCAGCUUUGUACGCGCUGCCCAAACACAGCUCAGUCAUUACCUGCUGUGGAGGAGCCUGAGAGAUACUGGAGCUGACUGUGGGGCUCCAUCAUUACUGACUGCUGAGAAACAUCUGCUUCCUCCUGGUGACUGUGGAUCUUAAGACAUUGGACACACGGUCUUGAAUGCGGCUGACUUCCUCAUUGGAUACAGCGAGUUGGACCUACAUUUUCUGGUGUGUGUGUGUGAGGCUAAGCAGGCCGAGCUUCAGCCUGUGGACUCAUGGCGAUUAACGCUGACGUGGAGGACUGGGCCGGUGUCGGGAGUCAUGACUCUGGAGAACGGGCAUGGCUCCUGCAGAGUCCCAGCGUGGAUUCUAUCCAGCACCCUGAGAUGGACACGAGAAGGAACGGCGGGGUGUCGUCUUUGGGAGCAGUGUUUAUCGUGGUGAACGCAGCCCUUGGAGCUGGUCUGUUAAAUUUUCCCGCAGCCUUCAACAUGGCAGGAGGUGUAACCGCAGGAGUGAUGCUACAAAUGUUCAUGCUGGUCUUCAUAAUCAGUGGACUGGUGAUCCUCGGCUACUGCUGCCAGGUCAGUAAUGAACGGACCUAUCAGGAGGUUGUCCGAGCCUCUUGUGGUAAAGUCACAGGAGUCCUAUGUGAAGUGGCAAUUGCUAUCUACACCUUUGGGACUUGCAUCGCUUUCUUUAUCGUCAUUGGAGACCAGCUAGAUCGCUUGAUCGCAGCUGCGGGGCACGGUGAGGGCGAAGAAGUCAAAACCCUCUGGUACACUGACCGCAAAUUUACCAUAGUUGUUACUGCAGUCCUGGUUAUUUUACCACUCUCCAUUCCCAAAGAGAUUGGCUUUCAGAAGUAUGCCAGUACACUGAGUGUGAUGGGAACCUGGUACGUGACCGUCGUGGUCAUUAUAAAGUACCUCUGGCCGGAUAGAGAGAUCACUCCGGGGUACAUUCCCACCAGUGCUUCUUCCUGGACUGCAGUUUUCAAUGCAAUGCCCACCAUAUGCUUUGGUUUCCAGUGCCAUGUCAGCUGUGUGCCGGUGUUCGACAGCAUGAAGAAAAAAGAGCUCAAACCUUGGGGGCUGGUGGUCACUCUGAGCAUGAUAAUCUGUCUCUUCGUUUACACAGGAACAGGUGUCUGUGGCUUCCUGACAUUUGGCUCUAAUGUCAGUCAGGAUGUGUUGAUGUCGUACCCCUCUGAUGAUAUUGCUGUGGCCAUUGCCAGAGCUUUUAUUGUCAUCUGUGUCAUCACCUCCUACCCCAUUUUACACUUUUGUGGCAGGGCGGUCAUUGAAGGACUCUGGCUGCGCUUCCAAGGCGAGCAGGUGGAGGUGUGUGUACGACGUGAGCGGAGGAGGAGGAUCCUGCAGACGCUGGUGUGGUUUGUCGUCACCCUCGUCCUCGCACUCUUCAUCCCUGAUAUCGGCCGGGUGAUCUCGUUGAUUGGAGGAUUAGCAGCCUGCUUUAUCUUUGUCUUCCCAGGUUUGUGUUUGAUGCAAGCCAAGCUGGCAGAGACUGACAACCGAUCUGCAAGCUGGCAUGGAUUGGUGGGCUUCGGCAUUGUCAUGGUUACACUUGGAGCUUUCAUCUUUGGCCUCACCACGACCAACUCCAUCUAUCAAGACGUCAUCAGCUAAAAGGAACAUCUAAAGCGGAGCCAGUAUAGUCCUAAAUCUUGAAGACAGAGGAGGGAGCGUUCAGUCCUCUGCUGCUAUUCUGAACUGAUGGAGAAGGUGGAGAAGAAUCUCAUGACACUUUAAAAAAAAAAUCAGGUCCUCUGCAUCAUAACACCACCCUGCUCCAUAAGUCCUUACUCUGUCAGGUUGUUGGAAAAUACCCACAAUGCCAAGUGACUUCAGACACUUUGCCUUUUAUGUUAUGUACAGUUUGGCUGCAUGUUUUAAUGUUUUUAUGACGGCUUGAACGUGCAGUAAAAACAGUUUUAGUUUAGACGUGAGGCACAGAUUUCCUCUGUCUGUCUCUGGACCUUGUACAGGCAGCACAUUCCUAUUGUACUUAUAGAGCUGAGGACUUUGUACAGGUGCAAUCGAAUUGAUUUUAAUCAUGAACUUGUCCCAAUUUCUGUAUUUUAAAUGCAUGUUUACAACACUUUUAGUUUGAAACGACAUGCUCCCAGUUCCAUCCAACUGAGUGGUGGAAACGCACACGACUAGUUACAGCAUCAUUACUGAUGGAUGUGUAAAAUGCAGGACUGGGUAAACGUAGUAGGUGCCUCCCAGUAGAGGUUUUUUAAUCAUUUGGGCAAAGCAAACUCGUAUUUCUUUUUAAAUUACAUUUUGGAGCUUCUGUUUUUUUCUUGGUUUCUUGUAAGUUUUCUUAUUUUAAAGUCAGAGGUGCUGUGAUGAUUUGACAGUUGGCUUUGAGGUUGAAUCAUUUUCAGUAGAACGAAUUUAGUCUCAGUUGGGCCUGCAUGCCUUUUUGAUAGAUGAGUUAUGUUAGGAAUGUAUGGAGCAGUUGACAUAGAGGUUGAAAACUACAGCAGCAUGCCUCCCCAAACACUAAGCGCUGCAGUGCAGUGUGUCCAACAUUAGAAGCACCACAAUGCAAAAUAUCUCAUGAGGGCCAACAAUGGGGGUUGGAAAAUUAUACUUGAUGAAUGUACAAGAGAAAUCAAUACAAGCUGCACAAAAUGGUUUUCAUAUUAUCUACAGAAAACUGUCAGCUUCAGUCAGGCAGCAGACAGCUUGAGUUGGUGUCAAGUGUUUGUUUUUGUACUUGAAUCAUUGAAUUGUUUAUAGUUUCAGGAAGUUAGAAUUUAUUUUUUUUGCCUAAAACCAAACUGUGAGCUUUCUUUUGCUUUUUUAAACCCCAUGAUACAAGACUGUAACUUUAACUGAAGAUAUUUGAAGCAAUUAUUGAUCAUUGAGUUGAAUUGAAAGUUAAACAUAUUAAAUUACUUUUUUUAAAUAAAGUGUAAAAGCAGCAAAAUCCAAUUUCAAAUGAGAAAAAUCGACAAAGACAAAAAUCGCAAAGACAUGGAUCAAGAGUAUACUGAGUAUUCACUCCUUCGUUUUACUUUUUUUUUUUAACUAUAAAGGAUAAUUAUCUCAGAGUGUUUGGAUCUGGAUCAAAAUCUUAGCAGUCUUUUGUUUUUACUGUUUAUGUGGGUUUUAUGAAAUCCAAAAAUAUGAGGGACAGCAACUGUAAAAGGGAUCUUCAUCCCCCCUAAAAGCAAUAAUGUUGUAUUGACUCUAAUUGUAAAAAGGAAAGGAACUACAAGCCAAAACAGGAGUGCUGUCUGAACAGAGAGAAAUGUUUUAAUCUCUUCCACAUUUGUUUUUGUUGCUGAAAUAAAACUUUUCUUUAAUGGUUUGGGUUUAAGCAAUAUUUGACAAGGUUGUAAUAUUUUUUAAAUAUAGUUUUGAUGUUGAUGAAAACGGUGGAUUUCUUAUUGUUAAUCAGAUUUACUGUUUUAAGCCAAAUGAGUCCACUUUUUCCUCCAGUGCAUCUUUAAUCCAAAGAUCAUGUGUCCCUGUUGUCUCAGAGAGUUAACAUGGAAACCUUAAGAUCAUGUAAAGUUCAAUGGCAGUGCUUUAAAUAAAACUUCCUGUGAUAUUUCAAUAAAAGAACUACAACCAAG